ACCACAAAUGUCGAAUAGGACUGCAUCCGAGUUCUUCAUAGGAGCGCACCUCAGAUGUUUACAGUAUUCAUACACAAACCACCAUUGCAACUCUGACUGGAUCCUUCAGGUGGGUUCCAAUCUGACGAAGGAAGAGCAGCUCAACCUGACUCUGCCGAGGCUCUCGAAUGGCUCUUUCAGUCCCUGUCAGAUGUAUGUGCCCGUGGAUUGGGAUCUGUCUGCUAUCCAGGAAUACGGUCUAAAUGAAACCACCACUUGCACUGAUGGAUGGGUGCAUAAUGAUACUAUUUAUGAAGCAACCAUUGUCACCGAUUUCGAUCUUGUAUGUGACAAUGCAAAUUUGUUUCGGGGAGCACAGACAAUAUUCCUCGCUGGAGUACUAGUUGGAGCUUUCAUUGUUGGUAUUGCUCUUGGAGGAUUUCGGAUCAACAGCAUUAUCCUUGCCACUGAGUGGAUUGGAGUCGCUCAGAGAUCCUUUGCAGCCUGUCUGAGUCAAGUCCUGGCCGCUUUGGGCCAGGUCAUGUUUCUUGCCGUUGUUUAUUAUGUCAGGGACUGGAGACUGGACCAGUUUAUAAUGGCUGGCCCACUUGCAUUUGUGGUCACCUACAUAUGGUUUAUUCCAGAGUCUGCCAGAUGGCUUCUUGUUCGUGGAAGAACUACAGAUGCUAAAGAACUCAUUCAGAAGGCAGCGGCGAUCAACAAACGUACAGUUCCAGACUCAUUAGUGGAGAAGGUCCUAAAUGAAAAGCCUGUUGAAAGGGGAGGUAUAAAAAUCCUUUUUGCUUCCCGUGUGCUCAGGAAAUAUUUCUUAAGCAUUACUUUCGCAUGGUGUGCGCUAAAUCUAGCGUACUACAGCCUCUCUCUGAAUGUGGGGAAGUUUGGCCUUGAUAUUUUUCUCAAUCAACUCAUAUUCGGCCUCUCUGAGAUUCCUGUCCACUUCCUCUGCAUGUGGUCUUUGGAAACGGUUGGAAGGAAGGUGUCUCUGAUGGCUGCCCUCAUAGUAGGAGGGUCCCUCUGUCUCCUGACACUUGCGGUUCCACAAAGUAAUUCCAUCGCCGUCGCUGCUCUUGCCACUUGUGGAAGAUUUCUCAUGAAUGGCGCAGGCAGUAUUUGCAACGUUUAUAUUCAAGAACUCUUCCCCACCUCCAUUCGUCAGACAGCCAUGGGCCUGGGCUCCACUGCAGCACGAGUCGCAAGUAUGUUGGCUCCUGUGGUGAACAUGCUGGAGGUCUACCACUUCACUAUUCCCACUCUGGUGUUAGGCAGCCUGGCACUAGCAAGUGGGAUAACGGCCUUCCUGCUUCCUGAGACCAGACGCACUGAGCUGCCUGGUUCAACAGAGGAGGCAGAGGGCAAGAGAGAAACUAACACACUAUCCCUCUAUUUCUCAAAAGGCAACCAAAAAUGGCUUACUCUGCACCUGGAGAUUGUGAAGACAUCAUAGCAACCAAGUUAUAACCUUGUCUUUGUGGCUAGUGUUAUUAUUCUGUUUAACGGUUUACAUUGUAGUGAUAUGUAGAAA